AAAUCCCACCAGAAAAGUCAAUCAUCAAAAUCCAUUCUGAUAAGAUAGAAUAAUCUCUUUUAGCUAUAAAUUUCCUCCCGCAAUUCUCAAUCACUUCAGUCUGUUUGGAAUUUCUUCAACUGAAAAUGUACAAAUUUGUUGCUUUUGCCGUUCUUGCUGUGAUUUUGGCACCAGCAGUUAGUGCCACUUUCUGGCGUAAUUGCUUAGGUGUCCGUGGACCUGAUCACAUUGAGACACCACUUUGUGAUGCUGAAAGAUGCUUUGCUGUUCGUGGGCAACCUUUCAUUGCUAAUGUAACAUUAUCAUCACCAGAUGUACAUCAAGAAUUAUUGGUAGAAAAUAUUGCUUUUAUUUUCGGAAUACCAGUUCAACUUCCUGUUGAGCCACCACAUGAUAACGGAUGCAAUCAAUUGUACGUAAAUGGAGUUUUCCACGGAUGUCCAACAUUACCAGAUGUUCCACAUAUUUGGAUGAUUAAUCAAGAUAUUCCCGGAUUCUUACCAGCAUUCCAGAACACUGUUGUCAGAUAUACACUCACUGACAGAGGCACAUUAGUCGGUUGUGUUGAAAUUACUGCAACUCUUGUUUAAAUGGAUGUGUAAGAUGACAUGACAUUGGAUUCCAAAUUAUUUUUAUGUUUGAUACUUGAAUAAAAAUACUCAAAAUUUAAAUUUUGUCUUUCUUAAUUUAAUUUUUUCAUUUAUUAUUUUUUUGUUUAAAACAAUGCUCAAUUGGAACCUUCAAGCUACCACAUUCUAAGCUUAAGAAU